AUGAAGGCACGGGUAUGGCACGGGUCCAGCUUAGAGUGCGGGUCAGGUAAUCCUAACCCGCACCUGUACCUGCCAGUACCCUUACCCAUUACCCGUGUGGGUUACCCAUACCCGUGCUUUUGCCUACCUCUUCCUCUUCUACCAACUGACUCAUCUUACGAAAAAUACACGGCUUCAUAUGAAAAACUUCAUUUUACUCCCAUUCUCCCUUCCAUUAUACCUACCUCUGAUCCGCAUUGCAGGGGAUUUCUCCAGUCACACUGGACCACUACCUCAAACCAAGAAGCUGGCUGCCAUACUGCAAAGUUCUCUCACAACGACCAGUCAGAUGCCAGCGCCAGCACUCAGUGUCAACUUCCUGCAGUCAUACCCAGCUCCACUCCCCCAAACCCAGUUGCAGCGAUCAGUCCUGCUGGUACUACCGCUCUCGCACCCAUUCUGAGGCCCCCAGGGAUGACCCUUUCUCAACACUUCUUCACCAUUGCAACAAGAAUUGACGCCUGUGCCAUGCAAAUCUCUGGCAAUACCAAGUUCCACUUGUUCAUGGACAUGCGAGCUGAGUUUGCUUGGGCUGUGUUACAAGAACAUCUAGAUGCUUGGGCCCCUACCAUUUUUCUCCUAAUCCUCCUCGUAUCAGCCCUUGCAUCAUACCCUUACCCCGACCUCACCCUGGUCAUCCUUGUCAUCCUUGUCAUCCUUGCAUUCCCUUUCACUCUCUAUCUGUCGCUUCAGCAGAGCCAGUACAUCUGGCCAGAUCCUUUCGCUGACGAAGCAUACCCAUGCUCCGUUCCACCACCCGACUGA